AUGGAAGUGGAAUUAGAGGCCUAUGAUCUUAACCUGGAGCUAGCACUGCAGCCGAUGUCUCCGCCUGAGCCACAACGGUUCUUCUCCUGCCACUACUGCAACAGGAAGUUCUACAGCUCACAAGCGCUGGGCGGCCACCAGAACGCUCACAAGCUGGAGAGAAGCCUUGCGAAAAGGAGAAGGGAGAUGCCCACCGCAGUCGGCCCGCAUGCCGGCAUGAGUCUUGCGGGAGUUGGUGAUGGCUCGGCCUUUGGCCGGCAUAGCAUGGUGGAGUUCAUGAAAGAACACUACUCCCGCCAUGAUGUCGGUCUCGGAAAGGUGACGACCGUAGCUUGGAGGGAGACCACCGAGCAGAAAUGGUGGGGGUUUUACGGACCUUUGGAGGACAAAGGCAAGACUGCGGAGGAGAUAGACUUGUCGCUGAAACUAUGA